UCGGUCGACAACGCGGUCCUGGAGCCCAACCCUCAUCUGCCUUUGAACUAAACCACGCGAGAGAUCUGAGACCAUCUGCGUGUACAGAUCUGUAAACAAUACAAUGGACACUGCGCACCUGCAGCCCGGCGCGCAAGAGAGUAACGUCGGUGCCGAGAAUCCAGGGAUGGAGUUUCGACCGGACUCCCAUGACGAGUUCUUCUCGACCCAUCUCCCGUCUCGCCCGGCCACGCCCGCCGCCGCGGAGAACCAUCCUCGGCCUUCCUAUUCACACUCGCAUCAACGGAAGGCCCGGAAAAUCGUCCUGUGCUUUGAUGGUACAGGUAAUAAGUUCCACGGCGAUGACAGCGACAGCAAUAUCCUAAAGAUCUUCCGUAUGCUGGAUAGAACCGCGAGCGAGCAAUACCACUAUUACCAACCUGGAAUUGGCACAUAUGUCGUCUCGGCCAGCCUCACCCACACGGGUACGGUUGCCAGGAUUAAGUCCUGGUACAAGAAGGCCAAAGACUCGGCCGUUGGGUCAUCCUUCGACCAACAUGUCGUCGGUGGCUAUCGCUUUCUGAUGCGGUUCUACAACCCCGGCGAUGAGAUCUACAUCUUUGGCUUCUCCCGCGGCGCCUACAUCGCUCGCUUCCUCGCCGAGAUGUUGGAUUACGUCGGCCUCCUGUCGCACGGCAACGAGGAGAUGGUUGUGUUCGCUUGGAAAGCAUUCUCCAACUGGCAGAGCCGCCAGGACGCUCAGACGCCCGAAGGCCUCAAAAAGAAGAAGGAGAUGUACGAGUUCAUGAAAGGUUUCCGUGAGACCUUCUCCCGCCCUGUUCGCCGCAUCCGCUUCCUCGGUCUGUUUGAUACCGUCAAUAGCGUGCCUCGCUUCGAAACGGCCUGGAUGGCGCGGAGCAAGUUCCCCUACACGGCCCGCACGUCGGCAAAGGUGGUACGCCACGCCGUCGCCAUUGACGAGCGCCGGGCCAAGUUCAGACAGGAUCUCAUCUACCAAAGUAGCGCCCGCCGCCAGAAGCCGGAGAAGCGCAAUCCCGUUCACCAAAGGCUUCAUGAGAUCAACGAGAAGUGGGGAAGGAAAGGGAGCGUUGCGCCAGAUAAGGCGGCCGAGGGUAGGGGUCGCCGCCGAAAGGCCAAAUUGGACGUCCCUGAGGACCCCGCCCCUUACCGUGCUCGCUCGCACUCGGCACGAUCCCGACGGACACGCAUGACAGAGGGCUCAAACUUGGAGGCUAUCCCCCAUGACGGCAAGUCCGAGAUCUCGGUCGCUCCUCACCCCCACGACGAGGAUCACGAUGUCGGCUCGGAUGCAGAGUCGGAAGGUUCAGACCAAGACCUCGAUGAAGUCUGGUUUGCGGGCGGUCACGCCGACAUCGGUGGUGGAUGGGAGCUCCUCCCCGAGUCCAAAUCCGCCAGCCACGUCCCUCUGGUCUGGAUGAUCCACGAGGCGAUGAAGGCUGGUCUCAAUUUUGAUCUUGACAAGGUCCGAGAGCUGGGCUGCAUGGAUGCGCUCGACGACUUGUGCACGACAUCCGCAGAACCCCAGCAGACUGAAGCACCCGCCACGGCUCCCGGACAUCCUCCCAUCCCCAACAUCAUGGUUCGCAGCCCGAGCACCGCCACGCCAAAGCUCUUCCAGCGGGCCGGCUUUAACCAGGAACCCAACACGCCCACGACCUCGAGCAGCGGCAGCUCGAGUGACUCCUCAGCGAGCCCGCCAACCUUCAAGGAGAUGAUGCACAAGGCCCACACGGCCCUCAUCCACGACUCGCUGGAGUUCGGGGGCGGCCUUAGCUGGUCGGCAGUCGCAGCCUGGAAGGUCAUGGAAUACCUCCCCUUCCGCCGCAUGGACCUACAGCCAGACGGCUCCUGGAAGCCCAUCAGCUGGCCCCUGCCCCGCGGCGAGGUUCGCGAUAUCCCCAUCAACGCAAGGAUCCACGGCAGCGUGAUUCGCCGCAUGCAGGUCCACGAAAAGUACCGCCCGGGCAAUCUCAUUGUGGGCGGCGGUGGGAGGGGUGUGAGGAUGGCGCCAGAUCAUCUGGGCAUUGGCGAGUGGGUAUGUGUGGAAAAGGACGGCUGCCCGAUCGGAGAGAUUUGGGUGCGGAAGGACGUGGUUGAGAAGCAGCGCGGGGCGCAGAAUGGAAACGGAGAGAAGCAACAAUAGAGGAGGGUGAGGUGGAAGCGGCAGUAAACGACGGCGAGGUGGGUUGUUGAGGUUAUGUUGGCGUUAUCUUUUUGACUACCCCUUUUGCGAAGACCACGGUGCGGACCAUAUUUAACAAAACCUUACUCAAUCAAGUAUCACCAGCGGCCUCCCUGGCCAUCAACAA